CAUUAUAUAUAGGGGAUAGGGGUUAUAUUUUGUAAAUAAACCACAUACCAGAUUCCACAUACUUUGAAGCCGUUUUUUAGGAAAAUCCAUUUUUUAUGGAUUCACAAACCUCUCCAAGUGCUUACAAUGUCUGACAGCGAGUCCGAUGCUUCCGAACAGGGAUUUAAUUUUUUUGGAACACCCCUAGAUCCAAUAGAUAAAGAUGAAAUUCCAAGAAAGAAGCCUAUAUCCGUUGAAGAACAAAUUGCUACUGAUUCUCAUGGACGAAGAAGAUUCCAUGGAGCCUUCACUGGUGGUUUUUCCGCGGGUUUCUUUAAUACUGUUGGCUCUCUGGAAGGAUGGACACCAAACGAAUUCAAAAGCAGUCGGGGAGAAAAAGCUCAUACCAUGGUUCAAAAACCAGAAGAUUUUAUGGAUGAUGAGGAUAUGGGUGAAUUUGGAAUUGCCCCUCAAACUAUCAGGGCAACUAAAGACUACUCAACAGCAAAAAAACGAAAAAGAACACUUGCUAAGGGUCCAAUACCUGGUGAACCAGUUUUGGAAACAUUUAUAAAUGCUGGAAAUGACACCAUAGGUUACCUGCUACUAAAAAAUAUUGGUAUUCAAGAUAAGAUUGCAAGAAAAAAUAGGGAACAAAGUGCAGGCUCUGUUAAAGUCUAUGGCUGUGCAAUGCCUGAUAGGUGUGAAAUAUCAGAUGAUAUGGAAAAUAAACUAUACAUUAUUUCCAAAAUUUAUACAAAUUGCUUAGCAAAUCCUAAGGAUAAUACAUUUGGAAUGGGAUAUAAAGGAUUAGAUAGAAGUAUCAAUACAUCAUCAUCUACAAGUCUUCUAAUAAAAGCAAAAAAUAAUAAAAAUGUCCAUUUCACAGGACAAGCUUUUGGUGUUGGAGCUUUUGAAGAAGAUGAUGGUGACAUUUAUUCAAAAGAUGAUAUGAGUAACUAUGACUUUGAACUAACUUCAGAAAAAACAAGGUCCAGAGAUGGUGGAUAUAAUAGUAACUUGGUUUACAAUAUUUUCAAGAAAAACAAGACACCUCUUCUUUGUAAAAAGCAGUUUCCAACUAUAAAUAUACCAUCCGGAUUCACUGGUAAACAUAAAGUCAGGAUAUCUAGGUUUGAACCAGUUAAAGAAAAUCCAGAAACUACACAUGAAAAACCUAAAAUUAACUCGACAGUCAGAGCAAGGUAUUUGGGUGAACCAGAAUUAACAGCAUCUACUUCUAAUCAAGCAGAUGUGACAAAAAAUAUCAAAACUGACACCAACAUUAUCACUACUAAGCCUGGGGAUUCAAUCCAAGCUUUACUGUGUCUGGAUAGAUUUGUGUCUGCCUCUCAUAAGGAAGAGGUAAACAAUAUUUUAGAACCAGUUCAAAGGAUGUCAACCUGCUUUGGAACUCAACAAAUGCAAGAUGCUGUUAAAAUGAAAAUGUUUGGCCCUUUAACAAGAACUACAUCAGACUGGCAUCCUUGUGCUCUAUUAUGCGAGAGGUUCAAUGUACCUGAACCAUUUACAGACCAAAUAGAUUUUAAGCAACAUAAAAGAAGAAAAAACCUGAUCUUUGAACAACAAACAUUUUCUGAAGAAUCGUCAAUUUCCAAAGGAGGAAUUUCUGAAGCAGGCAUUAAGUCAGAGGCAGUAGAUGACAAUAGAGGCAGUACAGAAUCAACCACUUCAUCUCAAACCAGUACUGAUGCUGAAAAAGAAAGUAGUGAAGUAAACAAAAGCUAUGGAAUUGAAGCUGCUAAAAACAUGGUUACCCACUGUGAAACAAUCAAUCAAGGGACUGUCCCCCAGAGUGAUGAAUGCAAAAAUAAUAUUGGAGAUGCAGAUAAAAAUGAUAACGUUAAAGAUAUUACAGAGAAGAUAAACAUAGCUGAAAAAGUAGAUCUAUUUAAGGCUGUUUUUCUAAGCAGUGAUGAUGAAUCAGAGGAAGAAACAGAAGCUUUUUCUGAAGAUAGGAAUGAUCUUGUGGAAACUGUAUUGUCAGAGCCAUUGAUACCCUUAGUAAGAAAUGCAAAGCAAGGUAUCUUGUCAAACUUGAGUUUCAACAACCUGUCUGGGGAAAGUUCUACUGUUACACCAGAAAUUAAAGAGGUGAAAAUAGAUGUGAAUGAUACAUCAUCAGUAACAUUAUAUGGGCCUUCCUUACCAGUACAGAAAAUUAAACAGAAUGUAACAAAUAUUCACAUCAGUUCAGAUAGCAAUGAUGAAUGGAUAGAGAAAGAUGAAUCUAAACAUAAGAAACAUAAAAGUAAAAAGAAAAAAUCAAAAGAUAAAAAGCACAGAAAACAUAAAAAGCAUUAAAGUUAAUGUUCACUUGUUAUUUUAUAUGUGAUUUGUAAAUAAAAUUAAGAUUAAUUUAUGUUUUUUUAUUAAAGUAAUGGAUGCAAAAAAUAUAACAAACCUUGCACAUUAGGUUGUGGUGGAGGUGAAAAUAGAUGUGAAUGAUACAUUAUCAGUAACAUUAUAUGGGCCUUCCUUACCAACAGAGAAAAUUAAACAAAAUGUAACAAAUAUUCGCAUCAGUUCAGAUAUUAAUGAUGAAUGGAAUGAGAAAGAUUAAUCUAAAAAAAAAGGAGGUUUACCACGUUCACUGCCGCUGGCUCUUAUAAGAGUCAACGCAAGAUGUUCGCUGGUGCCACCCACUCUUAUCAGAGCCAAGGUACAAUACUGCCAAUCUUGUAGCAAGAAGGGAAUCCAUAUCCAAAUGUUGUACGAAUGUAGAACAUGCUCUGAUGUUCCAGGAUUCUGCUUGGAGUGCAGUGACAUUAUUCACAAAUAAUGUUUUGCACUAAAAAUACAUGUUUGUAUUCUAAAAAAAGUUGUGUCAUUUCUUAUUUUCGAUUAGAUUUCAUCACAUUAGCUGUAUAUAUUAUUUACCGGAAAAGUUUUUGUUAUACUUUUAUGUUCUCUACUAUUUUGAGUUGCAAAAAUUAUUUUUAAUACUUUAUUUUUGUUAACUG